CCCCGGCGGCGCUGGGCUCAGUGCGGUCACGUGUCCCCAGCAGCCCCGCUCCCUCCGCGCUCCGCCAUGGCUGCGGCGGCCGCCGCCGGCUCCUUGCUCCUCUGCCUGCUCGGCCUGGCGCUGCCCGGCGGCAGUGCACUGCACACCAAGGGCUCCGUGCCCCUCGACACCAUCACCUUCUACAAGGUAAUUCCAAAGCAUAAGUUCGUCCUUGUGAAGUUCGACACCCAAUAUCCUUAUGGCGAGAAACAGGAUGAGUUUAAAAAGCUGGCAGAGAGCUCGGGCUCCAGUGGGGAUCUUCUGGUGGCUGAAGUGGGAAUAUCAGAUUAUGGUGAUAAACUGAACACUGAGCUGGGAGAAAAGUACAAGCUGGAUAAGGAGAAGUUCCCUAUUUUUCACUUGUUCCAGGAUGGUGACUUUGACAAUCCCUUACCUUACAGCGGCCAAAUCAAGGCUGGAGCCAUUCAACGCUGGCUGAAGAGUAACGGCAUCUACCUGGGGAUGCCAGGCUGCCUGAAGGAGUACGACAUGCUGGCCAGCAAGUUUGUGAGCACCACUGAGAAGUCAGAGCGCCAGUCCCUCCUCAAAAAGGGGCAGGAGAGCUUAGAAAAGGCAAAAGAAAGUGAGAAGAAGUCAGCUGAGCAAUACUUGAAAAUCAUGAGCAAGAUACUGGAGCAGGGAGAAGAGUUUGCUGCUAAUGAAGUGGUGCGAAUCACCAAACUGAUCGAGAAGAACAAAAUGAGUGAUGGGAAAAAGGAGGAGCUCCAGAAAAGCCUCAAUAUCCUUGCUUCUUUCCUGAAGAAGAACAAUGACAAAGAUGAGCUCUAAUACGCUGGAGAACUUUGUAUAAGCUGUGAAACGAUGUCCUAACCAGUUCUCCUUAUGCAAGCAAACUUCCCGCUGACUUCAAGAGAGCAGCAGAUUUCCUUCUGGUAUUCUCAGUUUAGAAGAUCAAGAGGAAGAUGUUCCUUAAAAUCACAGUAUCCUAAAUGUUGGGAAAAUCACCUUAAAGCAAGACGUCAGUAUCAUGUAAUACUACUCAAUAACAGUGUUAAAGCAGACAACAAAAAAAGCACUAGAUUGGCCUGAAGCACAUUCCUGGUGGUUUUUACAACUGUUCCCUGGCAAAUUAAUGACACAAGUUGGUCUCAUUCCAUUUUACAUGUUGUUAAAGGUACAGAUUGGGUGCCCCUCGCAUCUCCACCUUCCCUUGUCCUUAGUGUCUGUGGGGUUAAUGCUCAUUAGUCUACUCCUCCUCCCACCUUUGUCUUCCCUGUAGGGCUCCUUCUCUGAGUGUUGUUCUCCUUACCUGUUGUUGACUGAGAGACCUGGAGCUUCCCUCUCCUGGCUUCUGCAGUGGCUCCUGUCUGUUUGGGUUGGGUAUCAGCCAAGUGCUGGCAGUGAAAACGGGUCCUCCACGUUAUCAAAACCUGCUCCUCAUCUGCUGGCCAAAGCAGCCAUUUCAGCCAGCAUUGUGGUACCCUGACAGAGCGCGUGGUGUUGCUCUGAGCAAGGGCAGAGGCUCCUUGAGGUGCUGUUCCAUUCAGUCUCGCCAGUUCAUGCAAACUCCUGUUGUUUCAGAGGUACAUGUGGGUGAGUUUCCUUAUGCUUGAAGAGCACAUGCAAUGCCUGAAUAUUUUGCCUGGCCUUCCCGUCCAACCUUCAUUGCCCAGCUUCAG